AUGCCGGACGACAACCACCUCCGCCACCGCCGCCGCCUCGACUUCAACCCUGCCGACGACGACGAGGAUGACGGCAUCACACCAUCACCUCUCGACGAAGCAGAGGAUGUAGUGUGGACUUGGCUACCUCUGGCUUUCGUCGUGUUUGUUCUCGUGACAUUGGGAUCGAUGUACUACAUCAGCUCUCAUGAUCACGUGACUUCAUAUUUCCACGCGAUUCAUCGUGGCCCUCGCGCUCCCGUCGCUGGAGGACUGCGAGAGGUGCGUUUGACGCAAGAUGAACUGGCUUUGUUCAAUGGGGUCGAUAAGAAGAAGCUGUACUUGGCCAUCCUGGGGCAGGUCUUUGACGUAACAGCAGGUGCGCGGCACUACGGAGUCAACGGGGCAUACCGUUACUUCAUUGGCGUCGAUCGCAGCCGCGCGUUCUCGUCAGGAAUCAAGAGCGAUGGCGAAGACAUCACGUACGAGCCCACCCACAACGAACUUGGAAUGCAUCAUCCACAUCCACGAUCUAGAUCAUUGACGGACUCGGAGCUCCUUAGCGUCCACAAGUGGCUUUCCUUCUUUGCAAACCAUAAGGAGUACUCGCGUGUGGGCACUGUGGAAGGCUUGUACUACGACAAGUACGUCCCGAAAUGCUCUUCCUCGACCGCAAACACAACGACCCAUAGGUUUGGCCACGCGAAGCCGAUCGUUCAGACGAUCCGGAGUCGACUCCGCGAAGCUCAAGUUAAGGCAGACGCCGAAGCCGCCGUCGAGCGAUGCAACAUGCAAUGGACUGCUGAGACAGGUGCCACGACGAUCUGGUGCCAGGACGAAACAAAGUACCCGAGGGCGCAUGGCGACGCGAACGAACUGUGUGGCUGCUUUACGACGGCCGAGCUCGCGACCCGGAACCUUCCGCUAUACAAAUCAUGCACGGAAAAGCGCUGCGUUGUCGCGUGA